GCGCGCGGCGCGGCUGCGUUUCGUAACUCGGACACGUCCGCAGGUGCAGCGGCGUCGCUGUGAGAACGGGCCCGGUCUUCCCGCCGCCGCCGCCGCCGCCGCCGCCACUGCUGUCCUGGUUGGAGGUCACCCGCGGUUUCCGUGUUUUGCUGCGGCGAGCGCUCGCGGCCGAUCUCUCGCCAGUGCCCCGGGCGACGGCGGCCAGUCAGCUGUUGAGCUGCCGCUAGGGACGGACGUCUCUCCCGCGGCCCACACCGCGCCACGCCUCAGGCCAGCUGACAGCCUCGCCCCACAGUGGUCAGUCGCCCGCCGAGCCGCGCUCCACCGCGCCUGUGGUGUCGCACUGCCUGUGGCCGACGUCCGCGGAACCCGACCCAACCAUGAGGUGCCACCUGGGACCGCCGCCGCUGGUUGUGGUCUCCAUCCUGCUGCUGAGCCUUCCGGCACCGACGCUGGCUGUGUUCCCCUGCGUGCUGCAGGAGGGCACAAUGCUGUGCGACUCGCGCAACCUGACGUCCGUGCCAGACCUCUCGGACCAGCCCGCAGACAAGGUGACUGAGCUACGGCUGGAGCGCAACGCCAUCCGUGACGUGUCUGGAGGCCCGCUGGUCAACCUGACGGCACUGCGCGUCCUGUCUCUGGACUGGAACUCGCUAGCCGACCUUCCAGAGGACCUGCUCGACGGCAGCCCCGCGCUGGAAGUCCUCCAGGUCGGCUGGAAUCAGCUGUCCGCGCUGCCGCCACGGCUCUUCGACAACCUGGCCCAGUUCAGGGUACUGCGUGCCGCCAACAACCUCAUCGCUGAGCUAGACAAUUCGACUUUUGCGUCGACGCCACUGCUGGAGACUGUGGACUUACGCAGCAACAUGUUGAGGUCGCUGGAGCCUGGGACGUUCACCGGCCUCAAGAGUCUUAAGGAAGUCAUCCUCGAAGAUAAUCACCUGUCCUUGCUUCCACCAAAGACCUUCGGAGGCAACCCCAACCUCGUGACCCUGAUGCUGGGCAAGAACAGUCUGUCGGAGGUUCCAGCGGACGUCUCAGGAGCGAUGCCGUCUCUGCAGUACCUGGACCUGGCGGACAACAGCCUCUCUGUGUGGGAGCGCGGCGCCUUCCGGGAACUGCAGCAGCUCCAGACGCUGCUUCUGUCUCGCAACCACCUGUCCAGCUUGACUGCAGGUGCCCUGGACAACCUGCCAGAGCUGACGGAGCUCCGCCUCAACGAAAUCGGCCUCACCACGCUGCACCGUGACCUGUUCGUCAAGCAGACGAGCCUACGGUCCCUGCAGCUGCGCAACAACUCACUGGCUCGCGUCGCGCCGGGCACCUUCCGCUUCAACGGGCGCCUGGCGUCCCUCUACCUGGACAACAACCACCUGGCCGACAUCGAGGUGGGCACCUUCGAUCACCAGGGCGAGCUGGCCUUCCUCGUGCUCAGCGGCAACAGACUCACCACUCUCCGCCGGACCAUGUUCACCCGCCUGCCGCGGCUCUCGACGCUGAUCGUGAACGACAACCGGGUGACGAGCGUCGACCGCGACACCUUCUGGGACAACCCGCUGCUCUCCGUGCUCAGCGUCAUCGGGAACGCCAUCGAGAGGCUGCCCGCUGACCUCUUCAGCCGCAACCCGAACCUCCAGGAGGUGCGGCUGCGUAUCAACCGGCUAUCCCUGGUUCAGCCCGGCACCUUCCGCAACAACUCCCGUCUCCAGUACCUGGAGCUGGAUCACAACCUACUGCAGACCAUGGACGUCUCCGUUAUAGAGCCGCUCGUCUGGCUCAAGGGGCUGACUCUGGAGGGCAAUCCGUGGACGUGCGACUGCGCGCUGGAGCCGCUCUUCACCAAGAUCCGCAAGCACGGCAUUGUGGUCAGGGCCGAUCCUGCCAUCUGCGCCAGCCCUCUGGACCUUAAAGGCAAGGAGGUACUCAAGGUGGUGGGCGAGCUGCAGUGCGGCUGAGAUGGCACCGGCGCCAACAACGCAGGCUGGGCGCAGGGCGAGGAAACUGCCUGUAGUUCAUCUCCACAACACACCACACGCCACUCCACUCCACUACACAACACCACACUACCAGCUCCACUCAAGCGACUGUUGCAUUUAGUACACAUUAUUAUACUAGGUAUAGUAGUACACCUUACACUACCAACUGCACAGAAUUAACUUUUCUAUAUAGAAUGUACCAUUGUGUAUUGUAUUACAUCAUAUGUAAGUAUACAUACCAUGCUACAAAUUCAGUUCUGCAUCACGAAACACUCUCCACCGCAUGGAAAUGACUGUCAUAUAUAUAGGGUGUAAAACAAUGAUGAUUCAGAAAUUUGGGAGAUUGGAGAGGACGAAGUUUUGAACGUUUUGAUGUGAGGUUCCUGUAACUUGAAAUGUGAAGUUUUUUCUGCAGCACUAUGCACUUUCUCCCCCAUUCCCCCCCCCCCCCCCCCCCCCAAGACUAAAUGAAACAUCAGAAUACUGUGUGUGUAAAACCUCUUGAUAUGAGAUAAAGUCAAAUACUGUAAAUGAUAUCAGUGGCUUCACUACUAUAGCCUAAACGUUCAAUGUGAUGACUAUCAAGCCCCCUACAUAAUGUACAAAGACGAACCAUGUUCCCCUAAUUCUCUAUAGAAUUCUGCACUCCCGUCUGAGGGUAUCAACCAUUGACUUGCCAUUAUUUUUAACCAUAGCCGACCCUAUAUGUACCAUUUAAGUUUACGAAAAUCAUAUUUUGUCCUACACUCUUUCCUCAAAUAUAUAUAAUUUUUUGACAACAAAUCUUUAUAAAUUUGUACUUAUUAUUUGUUGAAGUGAUGACGAGUGAAGAUGUUAUUGUUGAUCAUUCUUCCGGGUUAUAUGGCCGUGGUCCACGGAAUUCUUCUACUCCUAACGUUUCGUCCAAUACUACGUUGGACAUCUUCAGAAGUAUGGCCGGUCCUGUUGAGUCCUGCCGACUCGUGAAAGCCUUCUUUGUAUGAUUAGAAGAUGUUAUUGUUUCAGAAUAUUUUGUUGGCGUGCUACACCCGAAAAAAAACACAGGGGUGUGCAACGCCACACAACAUUUCUCACACUCACACCAUGCACCACUUUUCUUCCUUGCUUUCCACACUGCACAAUUUCUGGUGCGUGCUUUCUUGAUGGGAAUGGGGGGGGGGGGGAGAUGAAACUAACAAAAGCUGAAAACGAUUGGUUAUAAAUUCAUUUGUGUGGCCAUAUCAUCCAUAGUUGCUUUACAGUUACGGAGGGUAUUUUCGUUCUGUUAUUGCAACUACAAAAAAAUGUUUUUUUCAGUUGACAUGUUUCGCUUUAUUGAGGUAAAGCAUCAUCAGUGGUGGUGGUUUCAACUUGAUUUCUCACCUACAUCGGAGAAUACCGUCGUUGGUGGGUGAGGGACCAAGUGAACAUCACACCACUGAUGAUGCUUUACCUCAUUGAAUCGAAACGUGUCUGGUGAAAAUCACACUCAUUUUCCUGUAGUUGCAACUACAGAAUGAAAAUGCCCUCAGGGAUUGCGUAUAACUCGCAAAAUAUGGAAAUAAAUAGAGUAUGUUAUACACCACUAAACAGAACAGUUUCUAAGCUAUCCAGAGAUAUAUAACAUGUCAUGCCAUCUAUUAACAGAGAAGCAGAAACACUAAGGAGAAGUUAUAGCCGGCUGUGUCAGCAAAUGGGUUAACAUGUGCUGAGUAAGCUCAGAUACUGUUUCUGCUGGUGUUGUGUACACAAGAGAGUUUACAUAGACUCGAAGAAAACGAGGGGUGAGGUCAGGGAAGUUCACAGGCGAAGGGACUGGACAUUUGGUUACAAAUACUCUCUGGCUGAAGUUUCAUGCGAGAUACGCCCUGGCCUGACGAUCAAAGUGUAGUGUAGAACCUUCAUUCUUAAACCACAAAGUAGUGCGCAGUUGCAAGGGAACGUCCUCCAGACGUUCAGUCGAGGCAUUGUUUUGAAAGUGCAGAUACGAUGCACUAUUCAACCAAUCUAGUAAGAUGUGUAGUCCAAUAAGGUGAUCUCUAAGAACCACAGCCCAAGUAUUCACUGAGAAUCUGACCUGAUAAUUUCUCGUACAAGUAGUGCAUGGACUUUCUGCAGCCCACUGGUGGCGGUAGAAAAUUUAUUUCUACCUUCGGUGUCUUUAUAUAUCAAAAUGCUCAAAAUUUCCUCCUCUACAAUCUCUCAGUUCCUUAAAACGUUAAUCUGUUAUACCUGGUAUACAAUUACUUUCCUUGCAUUACCACAUUUCGAGCUCAUGACUACGCGCCUCAUACCAAAUAUUUUAAACCGCUGCAUAUUCUCCGUGUUUCAUAGGUGAAUAACAUUUUAGUUAAAGAAACACAGUGAUUUGGACAGUAUUCAGCGUACAUGUUGUACACACGCUGCUCGUGUAAUUUUUUCCCAUUGUUUUGUUACAGUGAGUGUAAUUAUUGACUGACUUGUGUAUUGUAAGAUAAAAUGUGAAGGUUAUUUAUUUAUAUUUGUAAAUAAAGCGACAUAAAACUUA